AUGGCCGAGUUUCCUCAAGAGGGUUCGCGUUAUUCGAAACGAUGGCAUGGGCUUAGGCAAAGGGAUCUACAAAUGGAAACCCACCCCCGGAGAACGCUUUCCGGACGUCUCGUUUUGGCCUGGGCCGAGGUUAGUGACUUCAAACUUGACCUCAUGCUCCACCCCCGUUACCGAAACCGUCACACCGAGAACAUUGGCAUGGAUCUCCACAAAUUAUGUGGGAUAAUUGUCCCCCUUCCUACUGGCGAGGGUAAGAUGUAA